AUGCAUUCUAUCCAAAUCAUCAACGAUAACGCGUCUUUCACAUCUACACUCGCUUCCUUUGAUAAUCGCCCUACUCUCCGGCGACGGAAAACCGUCCAGAAGCUGUCGAGAUGGGUGUCGAGGCGGAUUUCGAGGCCAACGCUCUCGCCUGAUUUAAAAUACGAUGAUGAUGCCAUCCGCUCUGAUGAGGCCGUUCAAGACGAUGAAGAUCAUAUCCACGAGUCCUACGCGGCGUAUUGUUAUGCCUUUACGGCGUCAGGGCAGUCAUGUCCGCAGAAGAAGACAUUGAGCAUAUCGUUGGACCAUGACGAUCAAUUGGCUAGCAAGGAAGAACCAUAUUCACCAGAUGCGCCCUUUUUUCCUUCGCCUCCUCCCGAGAUCCUCACCCCUUCACUCUAUGCAGAAAUGACUCGAACGCGCAGUAAGAAGGAAUGGCGACAGCGAAUAUGGUCACCUUUUCUGUGGUUCUUCAACAAUCGGUGA